GUCAAAGUUCAGUCCUCUUCCGCGACAUGUUGACAUCGCAAAAAAGAAGAAGAGCAUUUUCGAAAACUUUUGGUCAUACAGUAACUUUUCUCUGCUUUUUACUAAAUUGAAAACGUCUUGUCAUUGCCAAGUGUGACUAAUUGCUAAGAGGAUUUGUGCAGUUCAAUUUAAGAAAACAUGGACUUUGACACACGGGUCAAAACAGGUUGUGAGAUUUAACAAUUUAUAACAGCAAGGAGUUUAUAAUCUCCUUGGCGAUAGCAAAAGAUCUAUGGAGGGUCCAUCGGACUCAGAAGGCAAGUCACUGCUGCCCACCGCCGGUGGUGAGGCCCCUGGGGCCGGGGAGAAGUUACGGGUGUACCGGUGGAGAUGGUACAUCCUGGUUGUCAUCACUCUCUUGAACAUUUCCAAUGGAGCUUUAGCGAGUUGGUUCCAGCCCGUGGCAGACACGGCAGCAGAGUUCUACGGUGUGGAGCUGAGUGAGAUGAACUGGCUGUCCCUGGCGUUCCUCCUGACGGCUGUGCCUCUUGGGUUUGUUGCCACCUGGGUUCUGGACGUCAUCGGGCUCAGAGCUGGCAUUAUCAUAGGAGCAUGGAUCCAGGCUGCAGGUGCAGGCAUUACUGCCAUCAGUACCUUACACGACAUACCGUCCUCCUACCGGUUCGCUGUGGUUGUAGCCGGACAGGUGGUCGCAGCCAUGGCCCAGCCUCUGCUCAGACAGAGUCCGGCUAAGGUGGCAGCCAUGUGGUUUGCAGAUGACCAGAGAGCAACCGCCAACAUGAUCAUAUCUAUGGGUAGCCCAAUUGGAUCAAUUUUGUCCAACCUCGUAGGACCUCAGGUGGCUAAAUCAGGUGACAGACACAGUCUACAACUUUUGGUGUCACUCUACACCAUUGUACCCUGUUUAACUGUUCUCAUGGCAACGUUUGGAAUCUGUAGCAGCGGCCCGCCCUCCCCACCAUCUAUCAGUGCUGCCAAGGGCACACAGCCUUUCUUCCCAGGCCUGAAAAUGCUUUGCAGGGAUGUGCAGUAUUGGAUCCUCAUGUUGACAUUUGGUGCUGGGAUGGGGACGUUUCAGACCUUUGUUGCUGUCAUCGAGCAGGUGUUUUGUCCACGAGGAUACACAGAUACGUUUGCAGGUAUCUGUGCUGCCCUGAUGGUCUUGCUGGGUAUGGUAGGAGCCGGAGCAGCGGGGCGGCUCGUCGACAGAACCAAACGGUUUGAGGAGAUCAUCAAGCUGUCUGCUGCUAUUGGCACGCUGGCCCUCAUAGUCUUUGCAGUGUUAAGCAGUUAUCCAGGGAAAGAGGUGCCUCUUGCCAUCAGUGCGAGUGUGUUUGGAGUCACCGCCUUUGCCAUGUACCCGACAGCCUUGGAGCUGUCAGUGGAGAUCACUUAUCCAGUAUCAGCUGCAACCAGCUCGGGGCUGCUUAUUGUGUGUGGAAACCUCCAGGCUAUCAUCCUGACCUUCUUGGCUAAAUACAUCCCUCCACCACUACCUCCCAGUCAGACAGUUCAUGCCCACUGUGGCAAAGUUGUGCCACGGGAUUUUAAAGUGAUGAUGCUGAUUUUUGCUGGCUGGAUGACGGUAGCUUCUGUGACACUGUUGCUUGGACUGAAGCCAGUUUACAAGAGACUUCAGGUGGAGAGAACAGAAAACAAGUCUGUCAACGCCGAGCAGCCCGCUCCAUCAACGUGACAUGACUCAUAAUCUCAUUACACUGCAACACUCAACCUCCUGACUGAGCAAUCAGGUUGUAUCAGGAAU